AUGAAAGUUAACAUUUUCAAGCGUCGCAAAUCGCAAAACACCGCUCCGCAAAUUCCCUCAGAAUACUCCCAUCCUGCUCCGCCUCCAGUUCCUCCUCCGUCGCCCCCACUUCCUCCCAUGAAUGCCAACAAUAGCACCAUUAUUGAUUGUUUACAAGCACCGACGUGGUCCACGCCGGCAGCAACCAAGGCUUUGCAGCGCGAGCUACGUCGCAUUCACAAAACUCAAUGUGAGACACCUGAAGCCGAGCGUGGCUGGAGUGUUGACAUGGACGCACUGACGAACCUUUACCAAUGGAAGGCACUAUUAUUCCAUUUUGAUGAGAGUUUGCCUCUCCAGCAGGACUUGAAGGCAAAGAAAGUUACGGAAGGAAUUGUUUUGGAUGUCAGGUUUGGCCCUGAUUAUCCUCAGUCGCCACCUUACAUUAGAGUCGUAAAACCGAGGUUGUUACAGUUUGCGAAUGGAGGCGGAGGCCAUGUUACCGCCGGAGGUUCCAUCUGCAUGGAACUCCUAACAACCACAGGCUGGAACCCCAAAAUGACAAUGGAGAGUGUGCUUUUGUCAGUCAAACUGGCCAUCUCCUCUGUGGAUCCACAACCAGCGCGAUUGGAUUCUGGAACACGGUGGAAGAAAGGAUAUUCAGCAGGAGAGGCCAUGCAAUCCUACGUCCGCGUAGCAAAUCAACAUGGUUGGGGAGUCCCCGGGACGUGGUAUGGGUUGUUCAACAGUUGA